UUUAUAGGACGUGUGUUAAGGUUAAGGUACAAGGCAGGCAAUUGUAUUAGUGUUUCUGAAUGACCGAAACCUCUCGUUUACAAAUUCAAAGCUAUUUGUCAACAUCAGCUUUCUAUGAGGAAUUUAAUUCUUUGUGAUUUAUGUGCGCAUCUUUUGUGUAUAGUUGAACAAGGGGCUUGGCAACACGGAUGACAUUAGCAUUUGUCUUAAUUUGAUCUAAUCUUGAACACUUUUUCCAUUGUCUCGUUUGUAUUCAAAAAUUUCUUUCGACACUACUUUUUAAAUUAAAUAAAUUCCCUGUGAUGUUUGCAAAUAGUCGGGUUUCUAUGUCAUGAUUUGAUUUGUAAUCCACAAGCGGCUAGAUGUCACUUUUCUUCCAUGAUUUUACUGAAAACAAUGUGAUUUAUAAUAAGACCCCAAAAAUUGUGCGUAAGAAAUGUCUACUAGAACUGUGGACUGCCCUCAUGUCUCAAACAUACCUCGCAAUGCUCAAGCUGAAAUAGAAAGAGCAAAAGAGGUAUCAACUUGCAAGGAAUGCGGUUCUCAAGGUCCAAACCUGUGGAUAUGUCUGCACAGAGACUGUUUCAAAGUAGGGUGUGGGGAGGCUCAUGGAGAUCACAGCACUCUCCAUAACAAGCUGCUGAGAAGUCACUGUGUUCACCUUAAUUUAUCUACUCUGCGUGUCUGGUGUUAUUUGUGUGAAGCAGAGGUAUUCAUGGAACAGGCUGUAGAACUAAGUGAUUCCAGCGAUUCAGAUGAAAAUUUAAGAGAAGAUGAAACCAAGCCUCGAGGUCUUACUGGUCUCCAAAAUAUUGGAAACACGUGCUACAUGAAUUCUGCUAUACAAGCCCUGUCAAAUUCUCCACCACUUACCCAAUUUUUCUUGGAAUAUGGAAAUGCUCUGAUCACAUCGCGUGGUGGAGACCGUAAACCGGGUCUUUCUCGGAGUUACCAUCGGCUCAUUCAAGAAAUGUGGCAUAAAAAAAGACCAGGAUAUGUUGUUCCUACUUCUAUCUUGUAUGGUAUUCGAAAUGUGCAUCCAAUGUUCCGAGGAUAUCAGCAGCAUGACACUCAAGAAUUUUUGCGUUGCUUUAUGGACCAAUUACAUGAAGAACUAAAAGAACCUGUGAGCCAUCCCCCAACUCCUGCUGCUCUCCUGCAAGGCAAUGGUCGGGCUGCAUCCUUUGAGGAUUUGUCUGAUGAUGAUGAUUCUGAAAAAAAGGAUUUUGGCCAACAUGAAGGGAGCUGUGGCGGUGCAUCCAGUCAGUCUGAAGGGGAGUACGAGACAUGUGAUUCAGGAGUAAGUGAGCGUAGUUCACUGAGUGAUGAAUGUUUAGAGCGGCGUAACAGUGGCAGUAAACUGACAAGAGUUUCUCGUUCUCCAUCUCCACCUCUGGAUAGAAUGCGAUCCAAAAUUGCACCAAUUCAUGGGAACCGCAAGAAACAUUAUACUAAACAUCGUAGCAUAAUUUCUGAUGUUUUUGAUGGCAAACUUCUCAGCUCUGUGCAAUGUCUUACCUGUGACAGAAUAUCAAACCGCAUUGAAACAUUCCAAGAUUUGUCUUUGCCAAUUCCAUCCAGAGACCAUAUCCACAUGUUACACAAAGGUGGUAGUGCUUUGUCCACCUGCUCUGAUGUAUAUGUUGGAGAUCAAAACUGGUUACAUUGGGUGGUGGAUUGGCUUCGAUCAUGGUUUUGGGGUCCAACUGUUUCUCUACAUGAUUGUCUCGGAGCCUUCUUUAGUGCUGAUGAGCUGAAGGGAGAUAAUAUGUACAGCUGUGAAAAGUGUAAUAAACUGCGAAAUGGUGUAAAGUACUCUAAAGUAAUGGAACUGCCAGAAAUAUUGUGCAUUCACCUAAAACGAUUUCGUCAUGAACUUAUGUCUUCUUCCAAGAUAAGCAACUAUGUAUCUUUCCCUCUCACUCAACUUGAUAUGAGACCGUAUCUUCACAAAGAUUGUACAUCUUCAGUUUCAUCAUACGAUCUUGUGUCUGUGAUCUGUCACCAUGGAACAGCUGGAGGUGGUCAUUAUACAUGCUACGCUCUCAACUGUCAAAGUCAGCAGUGGUUUGAAUUUGAUGAUCAGUAUGUUACUCAGGUUUCACCUGAAACUGUUCAAAACUGUGAAGCUUAUGUUUUAUUUUACAGGAAGUCAUGUGACCAAGUUAAAAGAUUUAGAGCCCAAGCUGUUGAGCUCCUAGAGAGAUCUAAUAAUGAACCCUCCUUGAUGACAUUUUAUAUAUCCAAGCAGUGGCUCAAUAAAUUAAACACAUUUGCAGAACCUGGGCCUAUUGACAAUUCUGAUUUCCUGUGUCAUCAUGGUGGUGUACGUCCUGAUCGUGUCAAUGUUCUGCCCCUCAUGUAUACUACUGUCAGUCAUGCUGUUUGGGAAUGCUUGUACAAUAUGUAUGGAGGAGGGCCAGCGUGCAAUCGCCUUUUUACAUGUGCAACUUGUGAGCAAGAGCAGGCUGAUCUACAACUACGUGUCAGACGUGAACUAGCUGUAUUUAUGCAGCUCAACAAGCAAUUCCUGGAAGAAUCAACAUCAAACAUUUAUCUUAUUUCAAUGCAAUGGUUUAGGCAAUGGCACAGCUUUGUUCGUGAAAAGGACUGUGAACCUCCUGGACCGAUUGAUAAUACCCCCAUAAUUUACACAAACAGCAAGACUGGCCAGAUACAUCUAAAACAAGGUAAACAAGGCUCUGACUAUGCUCAACUGUCAGAGGAAAUGUGGGAAUUUUUCCAUGGUACUUAUGGGGGAGGCCCAGAACUUGUUCUAAGGCCCACUUUGCAAAAGAGUACUUCAAAUGCACCUGCCAACCGGUCUGGCUCCCGUGGCUCUGAAAACCUGCCAAAUGAUUAUUCAAUAAAAAGUCAGUCUACUUCCCCAUCUCUUCAAGGAUGCUCACAAUCUGCCAGUUUAGAAAACUUAACUCAGAAGAUGGCAUCACUCAUAUCUUCAACUCAAAUGGGAAGCAACUCAAGUCUAAGUGGCAGUCCGCCUCAAACAUGCGCACCCAGUAGUGCUACUAGUGGCACUAGCACUAUGAGUCUUACAAGUGAUCUUCAGGAUGUAAAACCAGAUUUACUUCUUUUAAUAGGCAAGGACCGAGAAUGUGGUGAUGAUGUCUCUCAUCGAAGCUCUUCACCAACUGUGCAAGAUAGUUCAAAACAAACACAGUUUUAUUGUGAAGUAGAUAUGGCUUGUCCUGUUGAGCUAUGAUUUCUUGGUACUUUUGCUUUAGGUUAAAUGGCAGACUCAUGUGGGAGCUCUAGUAAAAGUUGUAAUUUGGUUUUACAAUUGAACUGUGAUUAUUUGUGUGUAGAUGCAUCUUUGUUAAAAGGUGGUGUUGAUCCAUUUUAUGAUAAUGGUCAAAUGGUCUUAUUUUAAAUUAUGUGCUAAACUGAUUCAGGUUAUGUUUAGAAUAAACUAAGUGUGCAGAUUGAUUUUUUUUAAAUUUUUUUUUUUUGUAAAGGCAUGUAUGGUAUAUAAUGUGCUUUAUGUUCACCAAGACACAAAUCUUACUGAGUCUGAACUCUGUGAUCCUCUUUUAAUUAUUUUUCAAGUUUAUUACAGUAUUACAUUAUAAUGCUAUGCUGCACGAACUGUGUGAAAGGUGAAUAAUUGUGUUACCUUAAAUAUAGUUUGAGGUGUCUUACAGAAGGGGCUUAUUGUUGUAGUUCGAGCCUUCAGAAAGCAUUUAGUCCCUGCCUUUUCUAUAACUUUCCCAAGUACACACCAUGUACACACAUUGUUCUAUAUUUAUGUGUAAUGUAUUGAUUUAUCAAAUUUGGUUCUUGGUGCCAUGUUACUUGGCCUGGAUUAGGGAUUGGUAUAGUAUGGCAAUUUUGAACAGACUGUUCUUUUGUUAUCCUUUCAUGUUUGGUUGGUACAUGUUUUAUGUUCAAAUAAACAAUAUCUCCAAGGCAGAAAUUUCUAUUCACAAACUUCCUCAGUUCAUUCAAAGCUUAUACCAGACAUUCUGUUCAUCAGUUUACCAAGCAUUUGUUAAAGAUAUAAAGCAAUUGUUAUACAAACUUAUGUUUUGCCACCUUACACCUUAGUGUCCCAAGGUUUCUGAGCACUUCAAUUUCUAUGUACCUGGCUAUUAAGUGUACUCUCAAUUAAAUUGACGACUCUGUUUG